UUGCCACUCGGACGCAAAUACGGGCCGGACAUCAUUUACAAUCGGUUUUCUGUUUGAUAUUUACCCAGCGUGAAAUUACCGUUAAAUAUUUUUCCGGUCGGUUAUUGUUGUGUCAAUGUAAAAUGUCCACAGAAUUCAAACGUUAACGGACACUCGGUGGCAGUUAGAACGGACAAAAAUAACCGUUGGUGAACCCGGAGCGGCGGAAUGUGUGAACCGCUACAUGCUACGUGUACAGUUAGCUGUUAGCUGUUAGCAGUUAGCUGUUAGCCCGAGUGAGGCUCUUAGCUAACUCACAGAAACAUCAGAACAAGCUGGUUACAAACAUGGACUUCUAGCUAAUUUCUUAAUUUAAUGAAUACAUAUUUAAAGCUGUGAAAUGGCGGCAGGGUUUGUGUGGCGUUAACAUGGAGGACAGUUUGAAAAGAAGAGUGAAACAUUAAUUCACUGCUUCUGUUUUGAAGUUUAAAGUUUACAGUCUCUGUCGUCUUCGUUGUUUUUUUUUUAAAAUUAAAGUGGCCUUAAAUCAGCCCAUGAAGAUGAUGUACUCCUCGAGAAGAAAGCCUGUCCUUUACUUCAAAGAGGAGAAAAGGUUCCUGUCCGGUAAAUGUACGGUGUACAAGCUGUUCGGCCUGUGCAUGGUGCUGCUGCUCGUCUCUCUGCUCUGGCUGCAGCUCAGCUGUUCGGGGGAGAUGUCGGCCACCACGCGCCAAGACAGGCGCCCCCCCCAGCAGCAGCCGGCGCCGCCCUGCCCCGCGGCCGACAGCCAGGCGUCUGCAGCGGACGACCCCUCCUGGGGUCCUCACAAACUGGCUCUCAUCGUGCCCUUCAGAGAGCGCUUCGACGAGCUGCUGGCGUUCGUUCCCUUCAUGCACGCGUUCCUCAACAAGAAGAAGAUCCGGCACAAGAUCGUGGUCAUCAACCAGGUGGAUCACUACAGAUUUAACCGAGCGUCCCUGAUCAACGUGGGCUACCUGGAGAGCGGGAACGACACGGACUACCUGGCCAUGCACGACGUGGACCUGCUGCCCCUUAACGACGCGCUGGACUACGGUUUCCCCGACGACGGGCCGUUCCACGUGGCGUCCCCGGAGCUGCACCCGCUGUACCACUACAAGACCUACGUGGGGGGGAUCCUGCUGCUCACCAAGAAACAUUACCACAUGUGUAACGGGAUGUCGAACCGGUUCUGGGGUUGGGGCAGAGAGGACGACGAGUUCUACAGACGACUGAGAAAAGCCGAGUUACAGCUCUUCAGACCGACUGGAAUCACUACAGGAUACAAGACGUUCCUCCACAUCCACGACUCGGCCUGGAGGAAGAGGGACCAGAAGAGAGUCGCCGCCCAGAAACAGGAGCAGUUUAAGGUGGACCAGGAGGGAGGGCUGACUAACCUCCGUUACCAGGUGGCGUCCCGCCAGGAGCUGACCAUCGGCGGCGCUCCCUGCACCGUCAUCAACACCAAACUGGAGUGUGACCAGAGCCUGACGCCCUGGUGUCUUCUGGCAUAGACGGCGCGCGCCAGGCCCCGCGGCUUUUUAACCGCGAGUACGAGUCCCGUCUGUCCACCCGGAGGCUUUAACGUUACGUUUUUUGUUUUUUUUUUAUCUAGCGGCGCAACACAGAUCUCUACGUAAGCCGGCUCUACGUUCCUUUCACCGAGAGACUUUUACCGGACGCAGACACCGGCCCGAUCCCACAGUGAGGGACUAAGGACUAAGGACUCUGACAGACUUAAGUGAUCUCAGGUGCUAAGUGAGCGAGCGUGUGAGGCCACAUGUGCUCAGAUAGGUAGAAAUGGGAUCGGGACAGCACUUCACCGGAUCACACGUUACCUUGUCGGAUGUUUAAUAACAAAGAUGUGUUGCCAGUUUGAGAAAUUUAUCAUUUUAAGUUUGUUGUUUUCCACGCGGCCGAGGCCCAGGAGAACGGCUGCUUCCUGGUUCCACAUUAUUUCAAGCUCUUGUUUUACCAGCUGGACACCUGUUUACCUUUUUUAGUAAUUUCCCGAUUUCCCCUACGGUCUCCGCGGUGAACGUCACCACGCUUUGAACUGUGGGUAAUUCCCUUUGCUGCACCGAUGCAGACUCACGGAAAAGGGGGCUCGGUAAGCGUGUACUCCAAACUCCUCGCGCCCUUUUGAAAUUCCACAUCGGGACGACCCUGAAGCCCUUACGAAUUUCGCGAGAACGCAACACCAAAGUCUGUGAGUCUGGACUUUUGGGGAUUGGGCCGCCCCGACCGGAUCGGUGACGCCGAAACGUGGCUGCGCCAAGUCGGGAACCACGGUACAGACAGACAUAAUGAACGUAUUUAACCGCUACGCUCAAACAGAAGGAGCUCAGCAUCCCCGCGGGUCAAACGAACUACAUUUCCUCCUCGUCAGGUACUUCUUAACGGUAUUUAAAGUGCCCAUAUUAUGAAAAAAAAACACUUUUUCUGGUGAUUUGGGGAGUUAUUUUGUGUCUCUGGUGCUUCCACACACAUACAAACUCUGAAA